AUGAAUAUCAAACUUAUUAUUAUUUCCACCCUUGUUGUACUUUGUGCAGCACAUGUCACCUUUGGAGCCAACCUUGAUUCCUUCCCAUUCGACCUGACCCAGACCAAGACCGCAACAUGGAAUGAUGGUGAAAAGACAUUCUCAACAUUUGAUUGCCAACUCAUUAACUUGUCGACACAGACCGUAUCGCUGACCGAGAUCACCGCCAGUAAGGCACCAGUAGCCGUAUGGGGUGCUCUGUCCUACUCUGCCACCACCAAGUUCCCCGUUCAAUCGUGGGCUCAAUCCAUCAGUCCAAAUGGUACCGUCAACUUUGGAUAUCUCGUAGACUGUGCAGGUGCCAUCAGCUGGUCAUGGUGCAACCACAAUGACGUCUAA